AUGGCCGCUGCGGUGGCGUAUACCUGGGUGCUCGGCUGGUCUAUGAAAGAGGAGCUGGUCGAGGAUGCUCACAAGAGAACGAGUUUGGAUACGAGGACAGAGAGAAUGGUCAGGGAAACGAAGUUCAGGUCAACCCGACCCGACCAGCUUGGGGUUCAGACAUUCGGCAUUUUCCGCACAUGCGGCGACUCGUGGGAGACCGCAGCUGGAGACGGUAGCGGCAGCCGGCAGUGUAGGAAAUGUAGGGAAGGCAUGGGGCGGCGACGUGGCUCAGGCUGUCGGGCAGGCAACGCGCAUCACGCGAGUUGGCAACCGCGACGCGACUCAGUCUCGGACAAGCUACGCGCGAUCAAGUGGGGCAUCCAGGUCAUUUCUGGGUUUCCGGGUCAACCCGAACCUGAUCCAGCUUUGCAAACAGCGGGUAAGUCGUACUAUGGUCGCGGCCCACUUCAACUUACAUGGAACUACAACUACGCCCUUGCUGGUCAAGAUAUUGGUUUUGACGGUCUCAAUUCGCCCGAGACUGUCUCCAAUGAUGUUGUCGUUUCCUUCAAGGCGGCUCUCUGGUUUUGGAUGACUAAUGUCCACAGUGUUGUCAAUCAGGGCUUUGGUGCUACAAUACGUGCCAUAAAUAGCAUUGAGUGUGACGGUGGCAACACUGGGGAGAUGAACGAUCGUGUUAACAUCUACCAAAACUACUGCAACCAGUUCGGUGUCUCUCCGGGAGAUAAUCUCACUUGCUAA